AUGAAUACUGCCACCCUCUUCAGAACCAUUGUGCUUAUCUGCACCUCCUCAGCAACUGUUCAAGCCAUGCCCAUCAGGACUGAGGGUGGAUUUUCGUCUGUCCAACCGUUAAUUGAAGGAUCAGACAAAAAGCCUUUCAUAAAUCAAGCUGGCUCCUCCUCUUUUGGAAAGAAUCAUCCACACAAAGGCUGUGCAGGCCAUCGUGGUGAGCCUGAUGAUGAUGGUGGUGAUAAUCCUGGUUGUUGUCUUUAUCAAUUUUUUUGCACCUGUUGCGGGGCCUGGCCCGACAAUGACUAA